AUGCUGACCCUCCAUGAACACACCGGCCGAGUUUUCCGUCUGCAGUUUGACGACUUUCAGAUUGUCUCCUCCUCCCACGACGACUCAAUCAUCAUUUGGGAUUUUGUCAGCCCGACAGUCGGCCAGGAGGAGUGUGAUGAUGGCUUUGCAGACGCGCCCUGGUGUAGCCAGGCGGCGCAUGGUGGCGCCAACCAAAGUACAAACCCGGCGAAUUUAUCCUCUGCCAUGACCAGUGAGCCAAAUGGUAACACGAUGGGUACUGGGGACAAUGAACACGACUCUGCCUCUCAGGGCAACGGAAGUAUGCCACGGGGUUUCUCUCGGCAGCAUGAGCAGUUGGAGCGACGACAACCGCACCUUGAGUUCAUUGGCACCGAUGGUGAUCGCAUGAACGACAUUUCGUCCUCACCUUCGCCAGAUCAUGGACACUGA